AUGGAUAUCCCAGUACAAAUAGCCGUAAGGCUAAAGCCUCCAAGUCUUGCAGACUCUUCGCAGUGCAUUUUUAGUAAUCCUGUGACACAAAUAGUCAUCACAGAGAGUGGACAAACAUUUCACGUAAAUAGAGCACUACCAGUGGAUUGCACACAGGCUCACCUAUUCAAUUCGUUCAUGAUACCGCAAAUCAAUUGCUUUUUGGAUGGAUGUGAUACUUCAGUAGUUGUUUUUGGGCAGGCCAAGACAGGAAAAACUUAUACCUUAUUUGGAGAAGGCUUUGAGUGUAUCCAUAGUGAAUGUGACCAAGGUAUUGUGCCUCGGUUCUUGUCUGAAAUAUUUCACAAACUGAAUCAAAUGCCUGAAAGAGAAUUCAUACUACAUAUAACGUGGAUGCAAGUAGUCAAUAAUAGCAUAUUUGAUGUACUGGGUUCUGGACUUGUGAGGUGCUGUAACGUUGAAGAGGCAUUCCAAUACUUACAACUUGGAUGGAGGCAGAGAUGUCAAGGCAAUAAUCACACUGUGUUUACAGUGAGUGUAGAACAGAAGUGGGUCAGUACAAAUGGUGUCCUAAACCACAGAAUGUCAACUGCCAGCUUUUGUGAUCUUGCUGCAUACCCUGAGCCUGGUUUAUUUGCUUUAGAAAAUAUUAUUAAAGAACUAUUAGCUGGAAAUCCACCGAAACAAAUAAAUUAUGAUCAAUGUAUUCUUACUGCAAUGCUUAGAGACUCUUUUGGUGGUAGGGCUUUCACUUGGGUUAUUGGAUGUAUAAGUACUGAACCAGAAGAUUAUCAAGAUACCUUAAAAACCCUUAACUUAUGUUUAUGCUGCAGAGGCAUAAAAAAUUUUGUUACUGUAAAUUUAUUUGCUGAUAAUAACACUACUGUAUAUUCUGAAAAAUCUGUAUUACCGCAUUCAGAUAACAAUUUUAAUUUGCAAUUUGCUACAGCGCAAUGGAUAAAAUUAGUUUCAAAUGCUGAAGGUCUUUUUAAUAAAAUUCUGCAAUCCAAAUCUUUAUCAGAGGCUGAUGUCAACCAAGUUAGUGAAUGGUUGUUUUUAAAAGCAGAAUGUGAUGAAUGCUUAAAUGGAGAUGCAAGUGCGGACAACAAAGAUGCAAAUACAAAGCAAGGUUUACCAAGAAUAGCUGAAGACACAGAACCAAGUGAGCCCAGUGAAUCAGAUGUUGAUUCAGACUCAGAGGACGAUACUCACUCUGAUACUGUGUUCCAAGAUAAACUUGAGAAAUUUAUGGAAUACUUUAGAGAAAAAAAUGAUCAGCUAUUUGCUGAUAGAUGUGAAGAGUACUUAAAUCAUAUUGACUCUGAUGACAUAACAAUAUCAGAGUUAAGUGGGUCACAAUCAUUACCUGUUAUGACUUCUCAAUCAAAUUCAGGCCGAAGAAGAACAAUACAACCUGGAGAAAGUCUCUCAGGAGCAGAGUUAGAGCUUUUACGAAAAGUUGCAGCAAAAGCUAUUUCACCUGAAUCUCAAAAGAUACUAAUAGAAUCUCAUAAAAAAGAUGUUGAUCCUGAGCCAAAGCUUAUAGAGAGAGAAUUACUGAAAAUGAUUGAUUCUCCAAAGACUGAAGAGAUAUGUAAAAAGUACAAAAUUACAAAAGAAAAAUAUACACAAAAGCAAAUACUGGCAAGGAAACUCUCCAAAGAAAUUGGUAGUAGUCAGACACAGCUGAAAGAAUUGAUAAAUCUAUGUAUUGCCAAAGAGAGACUGAUUAGUGAUCUGUCCAAGUCAAUCUGCCAUACACAUAGUAAAACUUACUCUGAAAAAAUAGAAUCUAGCUUAAUAGAUCAAGAUACUAUGAGAGAAAUAAAAAGACAUGAAACAAAUCUUAAAACCUAUAAGAAGCAGAUUGAACAAAUCAAACGACAAAUAAAAAAAGAUGAAAAGCGUAAAAAUACUUUAGAUGUAGAACUUGUGAAAGAUAAACUGAAACUUGAUGAACUCUCAGAUACUUCAAUAGAUGUAAAAGAUAGGAAAGCUAAUUCUUUAAAACAUUUCACACAUAGAAUAACACAAUUAGACAGUAUUUUGAAGGAAAAAACAAAUGAUUUAGAGAAUUUAGAGUUGUCCAAAGAAAAGGAAUUAAUGCUAAGAAAAGAAAUCAAAAACUUACGAAAAACUAGAGAGUGCUUGCAUGAACAGAGAUGCAGUUUAGGACACAAGAGAAAAAUUUACAAAUCACUAUCAGAUUCUGAGGAACGAAAAUUGCUUGAAUGUGAAGAAGCAAUAGAAGCUAUAGACACGGCAAUAGAAUAUAAAAAUAAUUUAAUAUGUGGUAAAUCUCCAUCUGCAUCAUUGUCUGAUUCACAAGACAAUAAGGACUCUAGAAGCAGGGGUGAGCAGAUGUUAAUGGCCCGGCUUGAUAAAUUAUCACAUGAUGAAAUGAAGACAUUGCUUUAUCGCUACUUUCAAAAGGUGGUGGAUCUACGCGGGGCUUGUGCUGCGCUUGAGGCCGGCGUGGCUGCAGCAACUGAAGAGACAGCCGCAUGGCGAGCGCGGGCAGCAGCUGCCUGGAGGCACGCGCAACGUGUUAAGCCGCAUGCUCAUUCAAGACAUUUCCAAUCAAUACAUCGGUGUUUGGAUGGCGGCAAUGCGGAAAGAGCGCUGUCCUUGGGCUUGACUACUGAUUCAGAGACAUCAGACGAUGCCAUGAGAUUGGUUGAUCGUAUGAAGCAACUCGCCAGAUAUCCACCACCACCCAUAAUCCCUAGUCAAAAUCUACGCCAGUUGAUGCCAGCUACAAACCUGCCUGUCGCGAAGGUCACUAAGGAAAAGAACAAGCUCAUCAUAGUGCAGCAAAAUAAAAAACACUGA